GCCAGUCGCCAGUGAACGCCAUUUUGUCCUAGGCCUUUUAUUUACGUAGAGUGCGGCUGUGGGAUUUAUUAUCACCUAACCUUCAGUUGUUUUACUGUAGUCAUGGCUGAAAGCUCGUCGGCAGCAGAACCGGUACCGGUUGAGAUUCCGGACGGGGCCGGUGUUCGCAAGCUGUCGGAGCUUAGAGUUAUUGACUUGAAAGCCGAAUUAAAAAGACGAAACCUAGACACCAGCGGCAAUAAGAGUAUGUUGUCAGAGAGACUGAAAAAGGCAAUUGAAGAAGAAGGAGGAAAUCCAGAUGAAGUUGUUGUCUUUUUAGAGGCAACUCCGAAAAAGACACCAAAGCGGGCCUCUAAAGGGAAAAGGCAGGAGAGUGAUGAGCCAGAGGACUGCACCGUGGAAGAGGAUUCUGGCGAUGGGCAGGACGAUCCUGAGAUGAACCUGGAUAGCCUGCAGGAGAUGGACAUCAUGGACAUGAGUGUGCUGGAUGAGGCUGAUAUCGAUAACGGAAUUCCAGCAGACUGUGAGGAAUACGAUGCUGAUGAGAUCCUGGACUCGCUAUCGAAUGAAGUCAACCCUGAGGCCAUACCAGAGGAACCCAGUAGUGAUAACGACAAUACAAAUGAUUCUGACUGUCCUGAACCAGUGACUGAGCUGAAAAAUGAGGAGGAGGUAACUGAGGCUGAAGUUGCUGACAUGGACUCAAAAGAUGAGUGCCCAUCAUCUAAAGAGGAACCUGAGCAGGAGCCCGAAGCCGACAAAGAAGAAAUAGAAAAUGAGAAAAUAGCCGGGUCUUGUAUAUCUGAGCCACUUAAAGAAGAGUCCCUGGAACCACCAUCUGAAGAAGAGGCAACUGCCACCGAGGGCUCUCUGAAUGUCUCCGAGGAAGACAAUGUGUUCGUCGCCAUUAAAGCUGAUGAUGCCCUCAAUUUGGAGAGCGAAUUGUCGACUAGCGACAUGGAACAAAGCGAAACGAAGCAAAACGAGAGCGAAUUCAAAGAGGAGGACAAACAAAAUGUCCAAGAAGACCUUAUGGACACAGAAAGCGUGCGCCCUCAGGCUGCUAGUGUAAACGAACAGGGUUCAAAUGAGUCUGAAUGCGCUGUCGAGUCUCAAACGGAGUCAAAAGCUGAGGGUGAGGAAGAAACCAAGAAGUCAGAAGAGAUCGCUGCGGAACCAUCGGCAGCGAAAGAGUCCUCUUCUGUUGAGGGCGAUGAUCAGAAAAAGAGUUCUGAUGAGGAAAAAGGUGGUAAGCCUGAACCAAAAGAUGAGAAAGCCCCAGCUGGUAGCACUGCAGCCAGUAGUGGAAGAAAUUUGUGGGUUAGCGGACUGUCCUCCACCACCAGAGCGACGGAUUUAAAGAAUUUGUUCAGUAAAUAUGGCAAGGUUGUGGGAGCUAAAGUGGUUACGAACGCCAGGAGCCCAGGAGCUCGCUGUUAUGGCUUUGUCACAAUGAGUUCUACAGAUGAGGCCACCAAAUGUAUCAGCCAUCUGCACAGGACGGAACUGCAUGGGAGAAUGAUCUCUGUGGAGAGGGCUAAGAAUGAACCUGCAGGAAAAAAGCCUGCAGAGAAGAAUGACGCAAAGAAGUCUGGAAAUGAUAGGCGACAUUCUUCAGACUCCAAAUCCGAAAAAUCUGACGUUAACAAGGAUGAAAAGGCAGAAGGCGGGGAUGCAGGCAAAGAUGGCAAAGGGCGUGGGGCAGAAAGGACGGUUGUGAUGGAUAAAUCCAAGGGAGAGCCCGUCAUUAGUGUCAAAACCAAAAGCAAAGAAAGAAGCACCAAAAGUCGCGAUCGCAAAUCUUCUAGCAAGGAGAAGAAGGACAUCCUCUCCUUCGACCAGAUCAAGGAGCAGCGGGAGCGCGAGCGGCAGAGGCAGCGGGAGCGCGAGAUCCGGGAGGUGGAGCGGCGGAGGCAUUCUGGCGAGCGAGACCGGGACAGGGACAGCCGCGCGGAGCGGGAGAGGAUCCGGCUCUUCCGCGAGAAGGAGGAGCGCGAGAGGCUGAUGCGCAAGCGCAACUGGCUGGAGGUGGAGAAGCAGCGGCUGGACGCCGACCGCAUGGAGCGCGAGUUCCUGGAGCGCGAGCGGAUGCGGGUGGAGUACGAGCGGCGGCGCGAGCAGGAGCGCAUCCACCGCGAGCGCGAGGAGCUGCGCAGGCAGCAGGAGCAGCUGCGCUUCGAGCAGGACAGGCGGCCGCUCAAACGGCCCUACGGCAUGGACAGGAAAGACGACUGGCAAGACAAGAGACUUGCCAUGGACGAUCGCUACGGGCGCUCGGACUUUGGCCGCCAAGACCGCUACCAAGACUUUGACCACAGAGAUCGGGGACGUUAUCAAGAUGACAUUCUUAUGGACAGGAGGGAUGGGCCACGGGGAAUGAUGGGAGACAGAGAUGGACAGCACUUCUCAGACCGUGGAGAGAGGCAUGGCAGGGGUUCUCGGGACACUUGGGGAGGAGGGUACGACAAACGUAGUCUCAAUCCCUCAAGGGAUGGACGUGACUGGGACUCUGGACGGAAGAUGGAUGGGGACAGGCCCUGGCAAGGAGAUCGAGGAAUCCCUGGCCAGAGUCAUAUGGCCAGAGGAGGAAUGGCAGGUCGCGGUGGCUACAUGCGGGGUGGAACCUCACAGAGCCUCUCUGGGGCCUUGAAUCGACAGAACCAAAUGAUGCAGGGAAGUGGAAUGCAAGGGGGUGCUUUUGGUCGUCGUUAUUAACUUUUUACAAUUCUCCUGUGACGCCUGUUGAACAGUAAUAGUGUUAUUUUUGGCAGCGUAUAUAUUGCUUUCAGAGCUUUGUGAAUUCAGAUGUUACUUUUGUAGUCCUCUGCCUUCUCACUUCCUCCUGUAAAAGAAGCAAACAAGCAACCUGGUAUUACAUACCUGGGUUUUAAAUGUCACCUGAUUUUUUUUCAUUGAUUU